UAUGUAUGUACUGUCACUUUAACCAUCUCACUGCCAUUUUACUUUGUAGUUGUCUCUAUAUUCUCUGUGUAGUUUACUAUUUACAUUACAUUUUAUUCUUAUUGUAGUGUUGUAUUCACCACCUUAUUAUUUAAUUAUUACUUUAUUUUUCUGUAUCUUGUGCUGCUUUCACCAAAAGAGGCUUAUUUUAUCUAAUUCUAUCUUUUCUUUUCUUUAAUACUAAUAAUAUGUAAAAUAUAGACAUUUAAAUACAGUCAGUUGAUUAGACACAGAAUGACAGAGACGUGAUUGACAGGUCUGAUUUAAUAAACGAACAGCUUUAAAUGUUCUCAAGUGUCUCAGACGGCUGCUGUUGAUUCACUUUUUAAAGUCUAUGUUCUUGGUUUUGUCUCACUUUAUUAUUUGCUCAUUCAGAUCUGUCCUUUUAUUUUAAUGACGAGAUAAUCUUCAUAAUGGAAACGUGUUUUAGGUUCUGCCUCAGGUCAAAGUUCACGAUGGAGGACGGGGAGGAGCUGGAGUUCUGGGCUUCCAUCUGGAGGGCCCGUUCAUCAGCGUGGAGAAGAAAGGAGCUCACCCGGAGAGCUUUCUGAGGACCUUCCACUCCGGAGGGAUGGAGGACCUGAUGGACGCCUAUGGCAGCCUGGACAGCGUAGCCAUGGUGACGCUGGCUCCGGAGCUGGCCGGCAGCCAAUCGGUGGUGAGGGAGCUCUGCCGGAGGGGCAUCACCGUGUCUCUAGGUCACUCUGUGGCCAACCUGUCUCAGGCGGAGGAGGCUGUUCAUCACGGAGCCUCCUUCAUCACGCACCUGUUCAACGCCAUGCUGCCUGUGAGUACUUAUACACUGUAGUAGUACUUCUACUGGACCAAGGUACUUAUACACUGUAGUAGUACUUCUACUGGACCAGGGUACUUAUACA